AGGAGGGAGUGGAUAGAGAGAGAAAGCGGGCUGUGGGAGGAGAAGGAGCGGGGGGGUGGGGGAGCCAGAGAGAGAGAGAGAGUGGGGGCACUCGCCGACACACACGGAGAAAGAGAGAGCACUUUUUAUGGGUGAUUGAGGGGACCUCGUGUGGCUUCGAGCAUCUCCCCCCUCCGUCCCCCUUGGCUCAGUUUAAUGUGUCAAACCGUCGCUCGGUCGCCGUCAGGCCUCGUCAAAUUAUUUAUAACCGAACAGCAAAUUUGAUGGGACGCGCUCACACGAGCAAGACAAUCCCGGAAAUAACAUGCGUACUCUCAGCCUGUCACGUACGCUCACAGUGGAUUUGCAUUGCUGUAGGCUGCCGUAGGUAAGCUCUGCCGGUAAACUGUACUCUCCUUGAGGGGCCAUUUCAUUGACUUUAUUUAACGUUUAAGACUAUUAACGUUAAAUUGUCUCUACCUAAUGGGUGUUUCGACCGAAUUUGUAAAUUGGGGUCGUUUGAGGAGAGAAACGAUGGCAGCGCUGCCAAGUUGUUCAUCAGUCUAGCUAAUAAAGACGAAUAUAAGCAUAAUAAUUAAUGUUUUUUUUAAUUUUAAUACAAUUUUAAUGUCAUAUAUGUACAACAAAUGUUGUGUUUGUUGACUAUGAUUCAUUUUUAUUUUGCAAUAUAUAGUUUUGGGUGCUUUUACUCCUCGGUAUUAUUGGUUAAAAUGUUUAAAAUAGAUGUUUCUAAUGCAAACUAGUACUAUUUGUUGCACAACGUAAAUACAAAAGGUUAUUGCACUUAAGUGGUCUUCACUGCUAUUAAUAGACCCUAAAGUGUCUCAUUUUACUCUCCACAGAAAUCCUCCAAUAUGCUUUUAAGACGGAUACAAACUAAUAAGCAGUGUAGGAGGAUUGAAUGAGACUUGAGGGUGAAAUUUAAUACAGCUGAAAGAAGACUUGGACAUGAAACUCCUACAAGCUGUGGCAAGGAUCCUCUCUCUCAGAGAAAACAGUGGCUCAGCUAGAAAAUGAAGCGAGGACGUGAGCUACGUGCGCAUCCAGCACAUGACGAGAUGAAAUGGAGAGCUUGGGACUUACGGACCUUUUAAACCCAAGCUCUGCCCACGGGUCCGUCGCUGUUUCACAAUUACAAGAGAGAGUGACGAGCGGGAAACAGCUCGUCCGUGGACCCGUGGACACGUAUCACCGAGCGGACAUGGGGCUCAACGGCUUCUGCGCGGCGCCGGUUGGAAGUCCAACCGCCGCGGAGUUACUCGCAGGUCUCGCUUCUCAGACGGACUCCCCCGCUAUUACAACCCCGACGAAGUUGUCCAAAACCGGACUGCCCCUUUACAACGGAGGGGUGGUGUCCCCGUCUGCCACCGUGGAGGGGAGCCACGCAGGCGUUUUGGCUCAAACACCGAACGGUUACCCGGCUAAUAUGAAGGGUUUGUCGGGGGUCACAGGUGGCUCUGUGUACCCCCUCUCUAGUAGUAGAGCCUGCCUGGCUGAGAAUGGGGACUGGACUACUCAUGAGAAGUGCCCUGCGGUAAUGAGGAGGGUCAAUGGAAACUUGAAAGCCAGAGAAGUGCAACAACAGAAACGAAGAGGUGGGGAGAACAGGGACAUGGGGCAGGGGACUGUAAAUGGUCUCAUUUCAGGGUCAACGGGGUCAGGAAGUUCUGCGGAUCUGGGGUUUGCUUCAGGAGAGUCAGAUGCUAAGCGGAGAAGAGAGGGAAGUGUCGCUCAGAAGUCUUCAGAGACCUACAGAGUGGCUCGAACUGUGGGCCCUCUAACUACCACAGUCAACUGCAGCAACGGUUCCCAAAGCAACCAGAUAACAUUUAAUCGUGUGCACUGUGGCGCUGCUCAGUCUCCCUUCACCCCAGCUGCCCCCCACACUAACCAGCACAAUGGACAUGUGGCCUCCUCAGGUCCACCAGCAGCUCCCAGCCAGACCUCUCCUAUCGAGGCUAACAGCAUCCCUACCCCACCUCCCUCUGCUGAGUCUGGCUUGUCUGCAGAGCGCAUAGCACAGCAGUUCAUCAUCCCCUGUAUGAAAUAUUACGGCAUAUGCGUGAAGGACAACUUCCUCAGCCCUCAGCUGGGGGACAUGGUCCUCGAGGAAGUGGAGGUUUUAAAUCGCAGCGGAAAAUUUCGGGGCGGGCAGCUGGUGAGCCAGAAGAACAUCCCAUCUCGGAGCAUCAGGGGUGACCAGAUUGCCUGGGUGGAGGGACGGGAGCCUGGGUGCGAGAGCAUCGGGGCGCUGAUGGCCCAUAUUGAUGAGGCCGUCAUGUACAGUGCUGCCAAUGGACAGCUGGGGGACUAUGUCAUCAAUGGACGCACAAAGGUGAGAGGCAGAUGAGGGUGAGGGUGGGUGGGAAACAAAUCAGGUUAAUGACUGAAUAACAUGUAGAGUAAGUGGACGGUUGUGUCAUGUCUCAGCUGCUCCUGCUUACCAACAGGAAAACACUCACGAACACACGCAUACACCACAGAGGAAGGGUGAGCUAAGAGUCAGGUAGGAUGUCAGGAUGAGCCCUGCUGUGUUUCCUGCACAUGUGAGCAUGAUAAGGGGGGCUGCGGGCUCAGACUCCCCCCUCAAACUUUCCUUAUGCCGGGGUUGAGGCGUGCCUAAGUUUGUCCCCGUCCCUGCCUUCAUACCACAGAUACUCCGAAAGAAAAAAGAAAAGCUCUGUGAGGCUGUAUCUCCUCUACCAUCACUGUAUCUCUUCCUUUGAAGUCUACUUUUCACUGCUUUUUUUGUUUGUUUGUUAAACUUAUUUCAUGUCUCAUUUACCCCACGCCACAAGUUGUCUUUAAUUUUGCGCAACUCCUUUGAGCAAAUACCAAAGCUCUUUAGAUAGCGCUCUUUCAGACUUAACAGCCUGUAACUCUGUAAACUCUACUUCAUCAUAGUCUCUACAGCUGUCUCAGCGAGCAGACCUUCCUCUGUCCUGCACACGCUGCACAGUGUCCAUGGCUGUGUGUAGUACAGAUAACCCUCCCACUCCUAAUCUCACCCCUCCUGCCUGUGGUGACACAGACCCUGAGUUAUCUGAGCCCCAUAGUGUCAUUGACCCCCUCUGGAUGAAGACUGUUUACCCUUGAGUCUAUGUGUACUUUCUCAGAUAUCUACUUAAGUUUUCCCUUGUAUCAUUGAAAACUGGUGCCAUUCGUCAAACCAAAAAAAAAAAAGUCACAUAUUCCUAUCUUGAUAUUCAGUCUUUUCAAUCCAGCAGUGUAAGUACAUUGCAUUGUGUAACUAUCAUUGUGCGUGUCCUUAUCACUUGGGAGUUAAUCAUUGCGUGCCAGUCUAGACUUCGCCAAUACAGCAGGCACAUGUUCAGAAAGCCCACGUCGAAUCGCUUUUAUGUGGAAAGUAACUGAAGGAUGGCGUUAUAGGAAUCCAUCAAUGAUGUGCUCUGAAGUAGACGCAGCAUUAACUGCUCCCCACGGGGAAAUUAGGGAGAUGGUGUUAUGUGCUGUCUGGCAACUCAAGGUUAAUUUCUGCAGUCUCAACUUAAUCCAAAGAGCUGUACAUGACAUUUUUUAGUUAUUUUUUAUGCAUGCAUACAGCGUUUUACUUUUCGCUUUAUUAUAAAUUGUUAAAGUUUCACUAGAAUCAUAUAAGCAGCCAUCUGUGGCAUUCCUCCAAAAGUGAAAUAUCCCUGUCCUUCAGUAUUGCAGCUCUUCAGCUCUGUCCAUACAGCACCAUAUUUUGCAGCCCUCUUCCUUUACACAGCCACUUCUUAGGCAAAUCUCACAUUGCUCUUUUUAGUGCAGUCUGACUGUGCUACUUUCAGGUUAAGUCAUGCCCGCUCAGUGCCAAAAUGACACUGAAAAACAGGAAAGUGAAAUGACUGCAAUGGAAGAGUUGAACCGACUUGUCUGCGUGACAGGUUCCUACUCCGUCUGCAGUUUUCACUAUGAAAUAUUCAAAACUUCUGCCCACUGCAACGUCUGAAGAAACCCUUCUAAUAUCUCUUUGAGCUGCAGCUUCCUGUCUCAUUAGUGUUGGUUUUAAUCUGUAGAACUAACAUAACACUAAAGCCGUCACCUAGAAUCAUCCUGUUCAAGGAAAUUACAAACAAGAUGCUGUUCUACUUCCUGAAUUCGCACUUAUGUGAGGUUAGAAAGCAGGUGAAAGAAGGGGUUCAGUCAGGGGUUGCUAGAUUUGUAUCUGUUGAGGCACUUUUUUGUAAGAUGGUGCCGUUUUCUAUCGUUUUUUUUUUUUUGUCAUGAAGACAUUAUUUUGUUUUGAAUGAUAAUAUUUGAUUUUAUUGUAUGAUUUUCCAGUAUUAGUGCCUUAGUAGUGUGGACUGUUCUUACAACACAAAAAUGUCCCAGCAGGGUGUUCCUGAGGUUAGGAUGGAGUUUGCACGAAAAGGAAGGGAAGUGAUAGGAAAAGUAAAGAGGAGGAGCAUUUUGUCCAAAUAGAAGGUCACUGCGGCUCUUCCGUCCUCUUUUGUGUGGCGACAUUUCUCCUCCAAACCUUAUUUUUUCUACUCGUUCCUUCCUUAUUUCUCCAUCUAUCUUUUGUUUUUAUUCUGACCUCCUUUUCCUCUCCCCUGUCCUUUACGUCACCCUGUCUCUCCUUCAUCUUAUCAACCCCCUUGCUAAGUAAUCAGACAAAAUAUUUCCUUGGCGUUACCUUGGUAACAGGCCAAUACAGAGCAGGGCUCUGUGUUUUGUAUGAAAGAGAUGCAGGGACUGGCAGUGCUUGAAAUAAUAUCUGUGUACCCUGACUCAGUUAGUCAGCAGGAGUCCGGUUCUGUUGCCUGUGAGACGUACGAUAGGUAGAAAGGAUUACAGUGUUAACAAUGGAAAGAUAAUUCAGCAAAUGCAGCGAGGUUUAUGGCAGGGGGGUCGUGUUUUUCAGGAGGGAGACACGUGAGGGAAAAAAAGAAAGAGCGUUAGAGAAAGUGCAAGGAGCGGGAGGAUGAAGGGUGAGAUGGGGGUGAUGCAGCAGCAGCAUCGGUGUGAUGGGUCUGCUGCAGCAACGUGUCCUCAGAUGCCCCUCCUCGAGCUCAGCAGUGCCAUCAUGCAGGCAGGAGCGAGACGUCAUCUGCUCACACGCACAGUGCAGCUGCAGGGCUAACAGCUAGCUUGUUUGCAGAGAUGGAUGGAGGAUGGAGAAAAAGACAGACUGGAGUAGAGAGUGUUGGAGCUGCACAUAGGAUUUCUCUGUGCUAAAUUCUCUGCUGUAAAGGAUUUAAUGACAUCACUUCUGCUGCAGUGUUGCACCUGUUAGUUUUAAUGCACCAGCAUACGUACUGUGCAUAGAUGAAGUUGCAGAGCUUAUAGCCUUGUAUGUUGAUUUGACCAAGAUGUAAGGUCUUUGUUGUGUUGCAUUAUGAAACAAUGGGGAGAUGAGUCAUAUUUGUGUUUUUCAAAUGUAGAUGCAUUAGAGUUAAAACAACCAUUUUAUACACAAACUGAUCAGUUAUCAGCAGCUUCUUUGUCAUCUGGAGAAUAUUUUGGUGUUCUUCUAUGUGAAAAAGUGAACACAAAUAAGGGAACUGUGGACCAUUUUAGCUUAAAGCAGCUUCAAGCAGUAAUUGUUGUGGUUGUUUGUCAGUUUCAUCUCGUCGUGGAUGGACUCUCUUCUGAGAGUAAAUAUCAUUUACUCUUGGGGGAAUUGCAAUUGUCAGUUUCCCUUUUUUCCAUUUUUUUAGACCGAACAACUGUUUGAUAAAUUGAGAAUAAUUUGAAAAAAUAGAUGAGAAAAGCAAAGAGCUGCAGAUCUGAGAUGCAACUCCAACUCCCACAUACUGAAAGUAGGUUAGAGAAAAAUCGUCUGUAUUACCUUCCAAUUGUUUUGAUUUAGUUUUGUUUUUCUGUAUUUUGUUGUUAUGAUUAAAAACAGCACAUCCACCACAUGAUGCAUUCAUGACUUAGCAUUCUGUUUAAAAUCAUGCACUGACAAUCACGGACAGUCCCUGCUUUCUUCAUGCUAACAUCCAGCGGUGACUCACACCAACACAAUAAGCAUAGUUGAAGCCAAAACAGGGCUGUCUUGACUCAUAAACUCCGUGCUUAUUUUCUUACAAUUUUGUGUUCAGAAAGAAACAACAUGAUGUAAAUCGAGAGUAACACUUGAAUAUUUGAUCAUGUUUUCACUUCUCUGGAAAGUGAUAGCAGCGCCCUCUACAAAUAUAACAACCACCAUAAAAAAACGCAAACAAGGCAGUGCACCAUGACUGUUGAACCAUUUCCACUCUAUCCAAGAAGCUGAUACAUAGGGAUGAAUCGAGCUGGAUACUGGACCUGAGCAACAAAGCAGUUCAUCAUAAGUCUAUUGAGUUCCCCCUCCGAUAACUUCGACUCUUUUCCCUUUUUUCAAAUCCAAUCUGGAGGCAGCUCUGAAUACCAGCUGAUCAUGAUUUAUGUCAUGCCCUGUGUCCCGAGCUGCGAAUGAGUAACCAGCUGUGGAAAUGGAGUGAAAUGGCCAUGCCGCUGUGACUCAAUGUGUAACAGCCCCAGAGUUGGUAAACAUCUGUGGUGCUGAAGAGUCCACCCCUUGUGUCAUCCUCAGUGACUCACAGCCCUAAAUGUGUGAUUCUGAUAAUAAACAAUGGCAAGAAGGAAGGGACAUUUUUGGCCUGUUUUAGCACUUCCAUAUGUUGGCAUGAACAGGAUGUUUUGUUUUAACAUUUCAGUUGUUUUUAAGUUAAAGAAGCAGAAAGCUGCAGAGGCACAGAGGUUACAAGUUGUAAUCAAGAGUGGUCGCGUCCUCAUAAAGCCUUUACACCCGCUUGCACUCUGAUGUUCUUGCUGAUCAUGCAGACAAAGUUAAUUAAAGUCGGUUUGGGUUCAGUGCCAAAUGUCUUUCUCUCCUCUCUCACUUUCUUUUUUUUUCUUUCCCUCUGUCUUUCCCCCUGGCUCUACUUUAUAUUAAAUACAAACAACACCAACUUGUUCCAAAAGGGAAAAAAAUAGGCAGCUAUGUAGGCGGUAAAUUAGACGCAAACAGACACCCUUUGAUUUAAGGUUUGGUGGUUUUAAUUUAAAGUAUGUUGUGUUUGUUGAUUCUCUAAACGUCUAUAUAUCAGCCUUUUAGAUAGUACAAGCUUAGUUAGCUCACUGAAACAAGUUCCUAAAUUGCUGUAAAACUGUCAGUGCUUUGUCAAUCUUAGCUCAGUCCUCCUAGGCAACCUACAGCAUACAGCGUGUUAUCUUCAGCCUACAUCACCUUCCUACACGACAUUUUUACACCACGCCUUCCUCUAGGCACAUAUAUUUUUAUUACCUACUUUUUGUCAUGUUUGUCCCCUCACCCUCUCUGCUUCAAAAGCAAUAAUGGCGGUAUUUGCCCAUGCUUAUCUAGCCCCCACCCCGUCCACCUUCACUCUCUCCACCAUCAUUCCUCUUAUCAGAAUAUACGUGCAGGAUUGGAGUUUAUUUUUGCUCUUGUCCAGAACAGCCUGUUCUCCGCUCUGUUCUCCUGUCACCUUUGCAUCACAGGUAUCUUCGCUGUGCUGUUAAUGAGGGUACAGGAGGUGGGUGCCGAUGAGACCCCAGAGUGUUAUUACGGGUGAGGAGGGCAGAAAUGACAGAUAGGAUCGAGGCGUGCUGUGUCACGCUGUGUGACUGAAUGUUUGUACAGAAGCGACAGACUGGAGAAAACUCCUGUGUGUGUGUGUGUGUAGAGCAUGUUUGACGUGUGAUCAUUUUUUUCAAUACCUGGUGUUAGCUUAGACUCAAAAUGACAACAAAUAAUUAUAUACUUGUCUUGUUAAAGCUUUGGUGGAGACAUUUUGGUUGUAUUUUUAUGCUGCGGGCCUGGGCUGAGCUGUCCGCUGUGACGUGUUACAUGUUAAUUGUGGUUAAUUACAUUUGUCAAGACUGUGACCAGUUUAAAAAGAGUGUUUGCUGGAAAAGUAGCCGCCCUUGAAUACAUACACCAACCAAAAUAAACACUCAACCUUUUUAUGAAUAGAGAAAAAGAAACAAUGCUUGACAUGGUUUCAUCGAACAGGUCAGGUAAGCCCGAUGACCCCGUCAUUGUCUAAACAGAUCAGUCACAACAAAUUGCCUCCAAAUCGCCUUUGAAUUACAUUCAUGUUUCUAAUGAUUUUUAUAUUCAUACACAAUUUUUCCCUUUUUUUCGGUCACAUUCAUUUUGACACAGCAGGUCUGUUUGUCGCUUGAAGCCCAGAGCAAAAGGUCUGGAGGUUAAUGAGCUCUGACUGCGAACGUUGGUCAGUAAUGAGAGCUGACAAUGACAGCUUAACAGAGUCACACGCACAGUCGACCGGCUCAGUGGGCUGUGAGCGCGCAGAGGAACACGAUAAGACAUGGAGGAGGAGGGAAACUCGUGUUCGGACAGAAUCCCCGGCCAACAAAAAUCUAUCAACACAUUUGAGUUUCACAAACAGCACAAAGAAGAGUGUUUGUCUUAGAAAUUUAUGAAAGCGUUGUUGAUUUCCUCUGGGUUAGGACUCUCGCACCAAAGCAUGUCCUGAGACGGGCUUAAAAGAUAGUGUCAGGAAAGUUAAAUCGAUAUUGCGGCGAUGCAGAACCUGUUAGUCAUAAAAGAUAGUGUCCCAGAGCCAAAAUGAAAAGAUGCAGUGAGGUUUUCUUCUGUUUUAGAGCAACAUAAGUCAAGACAGCGACAGUAUCUUUCUUUGUAGUCGGACUUGAAAGAUAGCAGAGUGGUUAUUCAUCAGCAAGCUGGCAGCUAACAUCACCUAGCAUCCCUAUCUUCAGGGAUGUGGACUGCUGUCAGUCUGUUUGUGAAUCAGCCAAAAUAAUGUUUCCUGCAGGUUUCAGGGACAGAUUGAAAAACUGUCCUCAGAUCAGAGCAUGUCCCUGUGCCUCAUACUGAUAUGUCAUGGUGACACUCAUGCAGCUGAUUCUCUUCCUGAUACACUACAUUUGCAGUCACGGGGCCCUGCUGCAGCCCAGGUCUGGAAUGUGUGUUAAGUGAAGAGCUCUUACGCAGGUCUCAGUUCCCCUGGGAGUCCCCAGAGAAAGCAGGGCUCUCCUGCUUCUCAGCCUUACAAGCAAGUACUUUGAGCAGGGGAAAUACCAGCAUGACGGUCUAUUGUUUGAACCUGGAUACUCCAUCUGUAGGUCACUAUAAAGCAGGGAACAACAAUUGAACUCUAGCACAUUUCCCCGCUCUAUCGUUUGACUGUUGGUCUCACGAGUGACUAAAAUAACCACCAGUGAGUGCGUAUUGAUCACUUUACGCUCCGCCCUCGGAUGACUUUAUGAUCAUGCCUCAGAUUACGCAGAACAGCCAGCCAACCUUAAAUGUAAAAAAAAAUAAUUACAGUAAUUAAAAUACUUUACUUGUGACAACACUACUAGGGAUGGGAAUCAAGAACCGGUUCUUGUUGAGAACCGGUUUCAAAUGGUUCAAUCCAUCAACAUCAUUAACAUUGUAUCUUAAUGAUUCCCUUAAUGAUUCCUUUCUUCUGGAUUCCUUGAAAAACGGUGUCAUGAGUGCCAGUCCACGCGAACGAGAACAGAGACUUUAAGGCAAAAAACAUGGCGGACGGUACGAAAAGUAGGCAGAAACGAUCUAAAGCGUGGCUCCAAAUUUUGUGCGCGACUCCGCCCCGCGUAGUAGUGCCCAGAAUAUGGUCACUCUAAUUUGACUUCAUACCUACCGAAGUAAAUGUUGUACAAAUAGUUUGUUCUCAUCUCGCUGUUAUUUUGAGUUAAUGGUGAAAACCUAUCGUCUACUUUUUUUUUAAAUCAAAGAAAGGCAUUGAUAAGGGAAUCAUUAAAGAAUUGAAUCGAUAAGCAGAAUCAAUAAUGGCAUCGAUAUCAAUGAAGUCUUAAACAUUACAAAAAGUGUGAUUUUACAGUGUUUAACACAAUGCAAACUAACCAUGCUGCUUCCUCUGUUGUUAGGCUAUGGUCGCCUGCUACCCGGGGAAUGGGGCAGGGUAUGUCCGCCAUGUUGACAACCCUAACGGUGAUGGACGCUGCAUUACCUGCAUCUACUAUCUUAACAAGAAUUGGGACGUCAAGGUAGGUGUACAAGUUUGAGUGUUACAUCACUUUUAAGCAUGAAGUAUAGAUUAAGUUUUUAAUAUUCAUCUGCUGUCAGAAUGCUUAAACUCAGUGGCCUCUCAGUUUGACUUUUUAAAAAACUUUUAUUCUCUGGAUUUAUUGUUUUUGUUAAAUUUUCCUGUUUUGUUUGCUUUGUAGAAACAAGGAGGGCUGCUGCAGAUCUACCCUGAGGGCAAAAAUGUGGUAGCCAACAUCGAGCCUCUGUUCGACCGGCUGCUCAUCUUCUGGUCUGACCGCAGGAACCCACACGAAGUCAAGCCAGCCUACGCCACUCGGUUAGUGAUUCUUAAACAUGCUGGGGUCCUGAGCGUGUAGUACUCACACAAAAACAACAACAGAGUUUUAAUACAGAGACCAGGCACACUGCCAAUAUUAACAUUUCUACAUGCAGCAUAUGUACAUAGAGUUAACACCACAUCGAUUUUACUGCAUUUAUUUAACAGGCAUGUCAGAAUAAUUUAACAAACUUUGUGUUAAAAACAAAUGUGGAAUAUUAACUUUUAGGUUUUAAAGCACAACUAUUCAAAAAGAUCAGUUUCAUCUUGUUUAUUUUAAUUUUAAUGCACUUCUCAAGUCAAGAACUUUGUUAUCUAAGGAGUUUAAGUCGGAUAAAAAUAAGAUUAUGAGUCGAAAACUUUCUCUGAUUCGCUGAUUCACAACCAGACUUUCGUAAAUCCUUGCACACAUGUAGUUAUUUACAUGAUAUAGUAGUUGCUGCAGAUAGUUGAGUCCAUUGAGGACACACGACACCCUGUCCUCUCGUUCGGUCUCCAUCAAACUGCUGGGGGGCGAGGUGGAGCUGGAGGCAGGAAGUAUGUGUUUCCUGAGGGGGUCGGUGGGAGGGAGAGGGGAGGAAGGUUCGAUUGCAGGACUCGUGCUGGAGAGGCACAGACAUGAGAGACAGGAAUAAACAACACAGCCCCACAGGAGAGGCUCCAAACGGAGGAGAUUAACCCUCUGCUUCCCAAGACAGUCUGCUCUUCACAAAAUAAGAUCAUGUCAUAUUAACAUUUUCGACCAACCAAAACAAUAAAAUUUCUCCUAGCUUUUUCAAAAACUUCUGAAGAAAUUUGCAGGUGUUUCCACAUUUAAGUAAUGUUGGUGACUUUGUUUCCCCGUGUAAAAGACAUUUAAUUACUUAUUACUGGCUUUUUUCACUUUAACUUCUCACAGACAAGACAAAUAUCUUUCUCUGAAGUUCCACACAUACAUAAAAUAAAUGAGACAGUGGUGUUGGUGUUACUAAUAAACCUUUGUCCUUCUUAAAUUGCAGCUAUGCCAUCACAGUCUGGUACUUUGAUGCCAAAGAGAGAUCUGAAGCUAAAGAGAAGUACAGAUUAGGUGAGUGUCUUCAGUAACUUUAAUUUCUGUUUCAUUUCUUUCUCAAACUGUCUCACCUUUGCUUUUAUUUUCACUGCUUAUCUCAGCGCGUGACUAACAUGCUCUUUUCUCUUGUGUGUGUCCAUAGCAACAGGACAGAAAGGUGUUCAAGUGCCUGUCACUCCAAACAGCAGGACUUAAGACGCAUCGACUAACUGGAGAGUCUGUGAAAGUAUUAUGUGCCUUCCUGAAACGCUAAUGGACGUCAUGAUCAUAAAGGGAGACACGUCAAACUGUCGGUCCUCACCGCAGCUAUAUGCUAUUUCUGCAGUGUCAGCAGUCACGUCACCAGCUGUGAUGUCAUGUUUUCCUGCCAUGUGAUUGGUCUGCUGAUGAAGGACAUGGCAGAUAGAGAGCACAACGAACUGGAUUGUGUGGUGAAGGAAGAUAAAAUUUCACGUCAUGGCGGCAAAAGGAGAAGAAGAAAAUAAAUCUGACGUCUUACUGAAUCAUGUAUGAAGACAACACUGUUAAAAAAACAGACUUUUUCUUUCAUUUGGUUGCAGUUUUGCCUGUUUAGUUUUCAGUGGCGUUGUGAUAUAUUAAGAAAUUAGUGGUGCACAUUGCUCAAGUGUCAUUUUCAAUUCAAAUUCAUUGAGCAUAUGUGAUGAAGCGAUGGACUAAUGUUGGGAAUAGGGAUGCAAGGGGUAGAAAUCAAGGGUGUUACCCCGAAAUCAAUAAAUCACUUAGUUUUUUUUAAGUUGUCUCCUUGUCUCAUGUUGUGGACAAGUGUGCGAGUGUAAAAACAGAAGCACAGAAAAGAAAACACAUCAAUGGACUGAUCGUUUAUGAAACUGUAAAAAGAUGUUCAACGACACGUAUUCAGAAAGUCCUGGCUUAAGCACUAAACCAAAACAUACCAGAAACACACCUGAAACAUGCAUGAGGACAAAUUACUGUAGAUUUAAAACCGCAAAGCACACUUACUACCGUCGCAAAAGUAUUUAAGACUUCUUUAUACUAUCUCGCUAAGAGUCGUAGAUCUUGGAAAAAAGAAUCACUGAAUAAUCCAGCAUGGAUGGUUCUUGCAUUUUUAUGGUAGUUGCUAACUGUGAUUUUCUUUCAAGUGUACCGAUGGUAAACAAAGCUUUCUACAUAUUGGAUGAGAAGUGCUCUCUGUGUGAUUAACAUGCACACAACACACAUGAGACAAGAGGCGAGCUGUUCAGUGACAGGGUUCAAUAACAGGGUUUGAUCAAACCAUUUGCUUUUUGUGUUGGAGUGGGUGUUUGUUUAUGAGUGUAUGCACAUCUCAACUUUUAACUGUUUUAAACAUGAUGCAAACAGGGUGUGUGUAACGUCAACGUGGAAACUGUCAGACUAACCUUCUUCCCAAACACACGCACACACACACACACAUACACAUACAUGCCUGUACACUGAUGAUAACCAUUUACAGUAUAAAGCACAGAGAUGAGCAUACACUGUAUGUGACCUGCAGGAUCAGACUGCUGCCUGCGUAUGUGUGGGAUUGAGUGUGUUAAUAUGUGUACUUGCACAUGUAAGUGACAGUUUACACUGUCUCGGAGAGGGUGGUAGAUGUUGUCUGGUGUAUUUCAGAUGGGUUAAAGAGAAGGUUAUUUUCAAAAGCACUUUAUUGUUUGAAAUGCCAUGUGUGAAUGAUGGAAAAAUAUAACUCGAAAUGUAGAUUAAUGCCUCUAUGGUGUGGAUAAUAUGGUCUUUCAAAUGCAAUAGAAACUAAAACAAGGAGAACAAAUGGAAGUUGUUUGCAUUUUUUUUCUUUUUUAAAAUUCUGUAUUAUUUGAUUAAAACCUGUCUGUUUUCCUACAGA